CCUCUAGCGGAAAAAAAUUUCCGCCUUCUUUGUAUAGUCCCAUGUAUUGUAUAUAUUAGUCUUACAGGAGCAUGCGUAAAAACCACAAGCAUAAGAUCUUGAUAAGUAUUUGUAUAUUUGUUUUCAUUGCUACCAUAUGUCGGUUUUAUUUCAAGAGUCGUUCAUUCAAUAUUAAUUAUCAAAACAAAGAAGCAAUUGUUGAACGUAACAAAGUUCGCCAUGCCCCAAGAAAUACUGAAACAGCUGCAUACAUAGCAAAAAAGGACUGUACAACGGUACAUAUAUGCAUUGUAUGCGCUGGUUACACUGCAAGCAGGCAGGUUGUGACUUUGAUUAAGUCACUGCUGUUUUACCGUACCAGCAAAUUACAUGUGCACUUCAUAGUGAAUGGAGUGUCUAGAACUAUUUUACGGAAUUUGUUUCAAACAUGGGAUAUUCCUCAUUUUGUUGUUUCAUUCUAUCAAGCAUCUGAUUUUAUAGAUGAAGUUUCGUGGAUACCAAACAAACAUUAUUCUGGAGUCUAUGGGCUAAUGAAGCUCACAAUACUAACUGUCCUGCCUGCAAAUGUGGGUAAAAUUAUUGUGCUUGACACAGACCUAAUUUUUGCACAUGAUGUCACCGAAAUAUGGCAGUACUUUGAUAAAUUUGGUGAAAAUGAGGCCAUUGGUCUUGUGGAAAACCAGUCUGACUGGUAUCUUGGAACAUUAUGGGAAAACUACACACCAUGGCCAGCUAUUGGUCGUGGGUUUAACACUGGAUUAAUAUUGUUGGAUUGCAUGAAACUUAGGGCAAUAGAAUGGCAAAGCAAGUGGAAAGAGGUUGCUCAAACUGAUUUGAAGCAUUUCUUAAGUACAGCACUUGCUGAUCAAGAUAUUAUAAACUCCGUUCUGAGCCACAACGCAAGCCUUCUGCAUGUUCUUCCUUGCUAUUGGAACCUACAAUUGUCCGACCAUAUGCGUAUGGAUCUAUGCUACAAACAACAUAAACAUGAAGUUAAAGUAAUUCACUGGAAUACAAGAAGAAAGCAAAAUAAUCGGCAUGAUGAAAAUAUCAAGUCUUUAACUGAUGUUUUUCGUACAUUUACAGAAAUAAACGGGGCAUUUCUACGCCACCCACGAAUCACAUGCUCAACUGAUGAUCCGGAAAUUUAUCAGAGCUUGGAUGACACUGAUUUCGAUAUGUGCUCAGAUUUAAUUUCAUCUGCAGCAAGUCUGCAUAGAACUCAUAUAUUUUACCUACCAUUUGACUACCAUUCUAAUUCUGCAACAGAUGUCAGCAUUAUUGUUCAUCUUACGAUUGACAGACUUACAGUGUUUGAAGCAAUGUGCAAACACUGGGAAGGGCCAAUUAGUGCUGCAUUUUUUACUACAGAUGCAGAAGCACAAACUCUUGUUGAUUUUGUCAAACUGUCACCUGUUCUUAUGGAUAGAACCAACAUUGGAUAUCACAUUGUGUACAAGAACUCAAACCAUGCUGUUUACCCAAUAAACUUAUUACGUAACGUUGCACUUAAACAAGCUGUCACAGAUCAUGUUUUCCUCUACGAUGUUGAUUUUGUUCCCAUGCCAGGCUUAUUCACCUACCUCACAAGUUAUCUGGCCGAACACGCAAAGUCACCAAAAACUGCAUACAUUGUGCCUGCAUUUGAAAGCUUCUGGUACAAGUUUAAAGUGCCACAGACAAAAUCUGUUCUUCAUAAACAAAUAGAUCGAGGGGUUUUUACAUCUUUUCGUUCAUAUAUGUGGCCGCAAGGACAUGCUGCUACCAACUUCUCCCGAUGGAAAACAGCAAAAGAAGCGUACCCAGUUCGGUGGGAGACCAAUUUUGAACCAUAUGUUGUUGUAAAAAAGCAAAACUUGCCCCUAUAUGAUCAAGCUUUUAUUGGGUUUGGUUGGAACAAAAUCUCGCAUAUAAUUGAGCUUGAUGCUGCAGGUUAUCAAUUUGUUGUCUUGCCAUUUGGUUUCAUUAUCCACAUACCUCAUGCUCCCAGUGUAGAUUUAUCAAAGUUCAGAUCAUCCCCAAGCUAUCGGGAGUGCUUGAACAUUGCAAAAGAAGCUUUUUAUGAAAAGCUACGUUCAAAAUAUCACAAAACCACUGGUAUGUCUAAAUAUUUUACCUAAUCAAAACUUUGUAAAAAAUAAGAUAAGAAAAACCAUGCUUUAUUGUAGCACACAUCCAACUUAUUAAAAAAAUACAUGUCACAUAAAGAAGUUUCCACAUAGAGACAGAUUCCAUUUUAUAUAUUCAAUUCCUGGAUACAACCCCAAAAAAAUUACAUUAUAUUUAAAUAUUUGAUAGUUUUAUUGUAUUGGGAAACUGAUAAUCUACAGUGCUAGUAAAGGUUACUUACAGCGUUGUAUAUUGUUGUACAUUCUUAUUUUAUUGCGUUUUAUAUUUUCUGUGCUUACCGAAAUGUUAAACAAUCAUCUUUAUUACACACGACCCAAUCUUUUAUAUGUAGCUAAGUAUGAACAAUUUAAUCCUUGUGUGAGUUAUGUUUUGUUGUUACCAAGUUAUUUGGUGCUUGUACUUAUUGUGCUCAUAUACCUCAAGUUUGUAUAGUUUUUAUUGCAACUUUUUGUGUAUUUGUGCAGCACAAACUUUCAUACUAUUUUAACCAAUCAAGUAUUGGCAUUUUGAUAUAUUAGUCUAUUAAAAUUCUAAUUGUUAUUGGCAAAAUGACAAUUUAAAAGCUAUACUGUAAAUUACCAUUACCGUAAUUGAUUUUCGCAGACGAAUAAUCAAGUUAUAUUACAUCAGUUGCAUUUUCUUACACUGUGGACUCUUUGAAUAUAUUGUUUUAAGCAACGUUUUACUCUUUAUUGCAUUUAAUUCUGUAGUUGUGCUUAUUUACUUGCAUACUUACACCCACUUCCACUAACACCAUAGUUUCAUAUCAUUGUUGACAAUUUGCACAUGGUAUACUGCAAGUAUAUAAGUUUAAUGUUAUAGUACUUGGACACUUUCUGGAAAUGUAUUUUACACGGAGAAAUAAUACACACAGUUCCACAAUGUUG